CGUAAAAAUUGAGCGAGGUGACCAAGUAGGGAGAGAUCUGUUCAUUGACAGACUCCGCAGCCGAACAAUAAGGGCUAAGUUGCGAAAGCAAAUCUCCCCCAUUACCCAUACGCUACAACAAAUUAUGGCUGCUGCGGAAGAAAUGGAACGGAAGUUUGCGGCGAACUCCCUAGAAGGAGAAGAUUACCCUAGAGACGGAGAUUCGACCGAGCUCGCUCGAGCAAGAGCAGAGCUGGCGGCUUUACAUAACAAAUUUGAAAACAUGGGGUUUGUAUCAGGACCUGUCACCUAUAUGGAACAGAUAGGCCCCAAACGGGUAAUCAUAAGUGAGACUCCGAGCAUCUCUGCUCCUAUGAUGCCCCCGCCCGUCAGGGCAUUACCCCCGCCGCCGGUAGAGGCUCCUGUACGAUCAAAUGAAUCGGCGGCCAUUUUCGAACUAACCAAAACUUUGAUUAGUUUGAUCCAAGAAAGCAAAAAGGAGCAGCGAGAGCACAAUGCUCGGCUGGAAGCGAUGAUGAGGAACAUGCGACCUAUUGCGGUGCGUGCCCCUCCGAUGCAACAAGGAUUAGCCCCCGCCCCUGCUCUCGGAGGAGCUGCGAACAAUCUGAAUGUUUGCUACGCCUGUCAUCRGCCCGGACAUCUAGCCCGUGACUGCCCCCACCGACCCCCACAACAGCGGAUCGGAGUCGCACCUAUGGCUGCGGCCCCCAUCGCCAACGGACCUGGACGAGUCGGAGCCUUGAUGGAAGAAGUAGAGGGUGGGGGAAGUGCUUUGGCCACCACGGAAGAGGCCGCCGAGCUAAUUCCGCUAGAUCAGUAUGUGUCGCUGGGGUAUCCUGGGCUAGGAAUGAUCGGAACAAUCAGACCAGCGCCCGAAUCGAAGGAGGUGGCGGAAUGGCGACCGUCCUUAGGAGAAAUGGAGUCGGGAGGACCCACCUUCGUCACAGGAGAGAUCGAUGUAUUAAACAUCAUCCGAGCUUUGGACCAUCGGACUCCCCUUCCGAUCGGUCACCUACUCUCGAUCUCCGAGCAAGCCAACGAGCGAAUGUUACAGCACUGUAAAGCGAAUCGAAAGCGAUUCGCUCUCGCCCGAGCACCGAACGGAAAAGCCAAAGGCCCUGCAUCGGAAGAAGACCCAACGAACACUCCGGAACCGAUACGGUUAGGAUUAAUUCAGAAAGACGAUCAUUUCCUACGGAUUAAACCCAUUUUGUGGAAAUCCGCAGAGUGCGAUAUAGAAAUUUGGGGAAUUCCUUACGACGCAAUUAUAGACUCGGGAGCAGCUGUGUUGGCUAUUUCACUGAGAGUGGUCGAAAGGGCAGGCAAGAAAAACGAUCUGAUCAUGCUCACCGAGAAAGAUCAACUCGUUUCAGCAGAUGAGGAAAAGAUUAAAACUGUGGGGAGAAUGACCAACGUCGCCUUCCGAUUAGGAAAAGUACACGUGCUUGGGGAUGUCGUAGUACUAGAUGUUAAUACGUACGACGUUCUUUUCGGACUUCCUGCUCUUGUGGCGUUACGAGCAAACCUGGAUUUCAAACGACGAGCGAUCGUUCUCCGAAAUUCAGGAGAAAAACCCUAUGCUGUGCCCAUGCGAUUAACCCUUCGCACUGCUAUUAACGCGGUUCCACGGGUUUCGCCGAUGAUGGCAGAGACUCUUCGCAUGAUCUCUUGGGACGAACCCACAGAAGGAAAGUCAUCAACUGAAGAUACGGAGAGCAGUGACGAGGAUGAUCCGGAGAUCUUGAAAUUGACACGACAACGUGUUUGUUACCCACCGCCCAAAACGAUAGCGAGAACGAUGCAACUGACCAGCCGAAAAAUUCAAAGGACCAAGGCAAUGAUCUUGGGGGAGCCCCUCGUGCAAAUUUCGAGGAUGGUCAACUCUUUGGAACCCCCUCAAACUCUGUACGAAGGGAUCACCCCUCUCCUCGCCAGACAUCAGAAACUCAUCGCGCAAGAGCUGGCGAUCCCGGUAGCGCAGCUCGCGGACGAUCUCCCUCUCGACAUCAUCUCGCAUGACGACGAGCACCCGAUUCCUCAUGUACUUUCUCGCACGUUGACGCCGUAUCUCCAGUGGUCGGCUUGUGUGGAGGGAGCCACAGAGCGCAUCCUGCCGUCGCAGCAGCAGCAUUUGGAUCCCCGGACGGUUUGUGAUCCUGCCUUCUUCAGGCAUCCAGCGGCAGAGCAGCUUGAUGCCAUUCGAGAGGAAGAAAAGGAGGAAGAAAGCACUGAGAGUGACGAAGGAGAAGACGAGCGAGAAGAAAGUGGGGAAAGCGGCGAAGUACUCGGGGAAGAGGACGAAACCCCCGAAGAAGGAAGCUAUAGCGAGCAUUGCGAGGGGGAGCAGAGCAAGGAAGAAGAAGAAGACGACGAAGGAGAAGAGGAGAACGAAGAAGGACAUGCGGAAUCGGAGUGGGAAUCUGUGCCGGAAGAAGCGCUGCGUACGGGCACGGAGGCUGAAGAUCCGGAGGCAGCCCGCAAAAGAGAAGAAACCGCGGCCGGGAAGAGGGAACUAGAGUUUGCGAGCGGGGCAAGCUUGCACGUCCACGACGACCCAAACCAAGAUCCGGAGCUGCCCCGACCAGAACAUGGCGACCUCACGGCCACGACUCCAACCCCAUCAACGUGGCGACGGAGCCGAUUUCCCUCCUCCCCAACCCAUCCCCCAGUUCGCCGACAUACCGAUACGGGCGAUCGGCCUUCGUCCCCGAUUACUCUCUCGCCGUCCUCUUGACUACCUCACCCUCCGCCAGCUCACCACCCCCAUCACGUUCCCCUCCAACCCGUUUCCCCGCGACACCUU